AUGGCCAUUUUCAAUGCAGACAGGCAUCAAACGGCGAGCAAAAGGAAUACUAGCAUAUGUAGAUUCCCGAAGCUGAAUCAUCGGCCGGUAAGCCCAGAUAACGGAAGAGUCGGCUUCCUAGAUUUGAAAGCAACAGAUAUUCAGCGCAGCAGCUCCUGCACAAGAUCAACACUCACGGUAGCCUGGUCGAUUUUGCUCGCCAAAUACACUGAUACCAAUCCUGUUGGUUUUACCACAGCUAGAAGGUAUAGGGAUAAGGAUAGAGCUGGUGUCGGUGGCAGAGGCGCAGAGGCCGCCUCCUCAUGCGUGGAGCAAUGGAUUGCCUCUCUUGAUGAGCAGAAGAGAGGGCUGCUGGCCGUUUCUUUGAAAAAAAUCGAAGAUUCGGGAUAUAAUGCAAGUUUCAACACAUGUCUACUCUUUGGAUCAUGCCAAAUACAGGAUUAUGAUGAGCUGCGGGGGACUGAGAUCGCAGUUAUCCUUGACGAAAGCACAUCAACACCGCGGAUUUCACUCCAGUACUCUCGAUCUAUCGUGGAUGAUGUUCAGGCCCAGAAUCUGACAAGCGAGCUGGAAAGAAUUUUGAUGUCGCUUAUCGAUGAGCCGCAAUCCACUUUGGCCGACCAUGGUUCAAUUAGUAACCACCACCUGCAGCAAAUAAUAUCGUGGAACAGCCGAGCUCCAUCGGAACCCCUGAACACCAACAUUGCUACACUCAUACGCCAGCAAUGUCUGAUGCGCCCUGAUUCUCAGGCAGUGUGCUCCUGGGAUGGUGUCUUGACGUAUAGGGAGCUGGACAGGCUCUCCUCCAGUGUCCAGGUCCAGUUGCAAGAUCGCGGGAUCGGGCCUGGAUCAAUCGUCCCCCUGCAGUUUGAAAAAAGCAAAUGGACACUGGUAGCUAUCCUGGGGGCCCUGAAGGCUGGAGUGGCAUUUGUCCUGCUGGACCCUUCGUACCCUCGCAGUCGGGCUGAAGCAAUCUGCCGAGACAUCGAGGCUACGGUUAUCAUAUCGUCUGCAGAACAACUGGCCAAAAGCUCCAGUUUCGUUGAGACCGUCAUUGUUGUGGAUAAGACUAUUGAACAUGGCGACAAAGUACAGAUGCGUCACCAGACAUCUGUCAGGCCCGACGAUAUCGCCUACAUUGCCUACACCUCAGGCUCGACUGGUAUUCCCAAAGGCAUUAUGAUUGAACAUGCCUCGUUCUGCUUGAAUGCCAUAUCCAGCAGCAACGCACACAAUCUCGACCACACAUCACGCGUACUUCAAUUUGCAUCGUAUGCAUUUGAUGUGAGCAUCCAUGAGAAUUUAACUCCACUGAUUCUUGGUGGCUGUGUUUGCAUACCUUCGGAGUCUCAGCGUGUCAAUCAACUUAAGGAUGCAAUAGUUGGGUUAGACGUCAACUGGAUGGAGCUUACCCCGUCCGUGGCUAGACUUCUACAUCCGAGUGAUAUUCCAUCUGUUAAAACCCUCGUUCUUGGUGGUGAGGCUAUGCUUCCGGCGGAUAUAUCUUUAUGGGGCAGCAAAGUGCGGUUGGUAUGCGCAUACGGCCCUGCAGAGUGUACCGUAGUGUCAACUGUACUGUCGCAGGAUUGCCAGCCAGGUAACAUUGGUCGUCCUUAUGCCGGGACAUGCUGGAUUGUGGAUAAAGAUAAUCAUCAUCAACUUGUGCCUAUAGGUGUUACAGGCGAACUGGUCAUUGGCGGCUUCAUUGUCGGUCGUGGAUAUCUGAAUAGGCCACAGCAGACAGCUUCUGCCUUUAUCCAAAACCCAGAAUGGAUUCAGAGAAUAUCUCCAAUCAAUGGAGAUAUGCGACUUUACAAGACCGGCGACUUAGCCAGAUAUAACUCAGAUGGCACUAUAAUGUGCCAGGGCCGAAAGGACACGCAGGUGAAACUUCAUGGGCAGAGAAUCGAACUCGGAGACGUCGAACAUCAUGCACAAAAAUGGUUUCCAGACUCUGUUGUGGCAGCUGAAGUAGUUGUCCCAGCGAGCCAGAAAGACAAAUCGCCCUCACUGGUAUUGUUUAUUGCUGAAGAAAAGGCAGUAAACGUACAGGAACAUAUGGGUGAUACCUCCGACUCACUUUUUUGCCCACUAACUGAGGAUUUCGGAGGCACAGCUCAGGAUAUGAGGGACAAACUUCGAGAUGAGCUUCCAAGAUACAUGAUUCCCACGGCUGUGAUUCCUAUUGUCAAAAUGCCACUCUCACGAACGGGGAAAAUUGACAGGAAGAUGUUGAGAAAUGCUGUUGCAAGUCUCCCAGAGUCAGAAUUUUUGCACUAUCGAUCGGUACUUCAGAAAUCAUCCGGGAAAGACAACAAGAAUUUAUCACACAAGGCAGCCCCUACAACUAACGCUGAACGCCUUCUACAAAAGCUUUACUCAAAGACACUUGGAUUGUCCGAAAAUGAUGUUGGAAAGGACGAUAAUUUCUUCGAACUCGGCGGCGACUCAAUUAGUGCCAUAACACUGGUUGGCAUGGCUAGGGAAGAAUACAGCUUGCAGAUCAGUGUUGCCUCGUUAUUUGCAGCCCCUCGAAUUCAUGAGUUAGCGCAGUGCAUUGGGGAGGCUGUUACAGGUUCAAUGCAAAAUUCUGCCCCUUUUUCCAUGCUGGAGGCCGCUGAGCUUGAAGGGGUCUUUGAGCAGGCCAUCGAGCAGUGCCAGAUCAGCCGAGAUCAAAUUGAAGAUAUCUAUGGCUGCACACCACUGCAAGAGAGCAUUAUAGCAUGGAGUGCGAGAAAACCUGGCUCUUUUCAGGCACGUUUUAUUUUUCAUCUCCCUGGGACCAUUGAUACAGAAAAGUUCCAGAAAGCCUGGCGUCAAGUCUUCGAUGAAACUCCUAUAUUGCGCACCCGCAUCAUUCAGACAGACACUUCUCACGGAGUUGUACAAGUUCUUGUUAAAAAUAAGCUGGAAUGGUUCAUCUCAAAAGAAGGAAACGGGGCAACUGAAUACACUAUGGGUUAUGGGACACCUUUAGUAAAAUGUACCAUGGAUUAUGGAUGUCCCCAGAAGAAUGAAGCUGCAACAUUUAUUUUGGAAAUGCACCACGCUCUAUUUGAUAGAUGGUGUUACGAACAAAUCCUACAUGCUGUCGAAGCGGCCUACGAGAGUAGAACUCUUGAAUUAUACCCUUUUGUACCAUUCGUCCACCAUCUGUCAACUGUUAAUCCUGGUCAUAAUAAAACCUUCUGGAAAAAUGAGCUUCAGGGGCUAGAAGCUCCAGUCUUCCCCUUGCUGACGGGCCGGAAUGCUCCUGUUACUGCAAUAGAAAAAAUUGUUGGCCCAACAAUUGCAACGUUUCCUUUACGCACUGUACUAAAAAAUAAUGAUAGCGUCAAAGAAGCUUUGGAAAAGGUUCAAAGCCAUGCAACAACGUUGAUUCCAUUCGAACAAACGGCAAUGCAAUCAAUUCGAACCUGCUGCCCAGAGGCAUCGACUGCCUGUGACUUCCAGAGUUUGCUUGUGAUUCAACCUUCUCCUCAGAACAGCCAAAACUCUUCAACUUGGCUUGUCAAGCUGGGAGAAUCACUUGAGGACGAGACAAAAUUCAGUACUCGCAUUCUGACCGUGAUAUGCGAGCUUGGUGUGGAGUCAGUUUCUGCUAGAGCUGUCUUUGAUGUCGGUAUUCUAUCCCUGGAAAAAAUGGCCACGAUGUUGGGGCAAUUGGAGUACCUGUUAGGCCAGCUGGUAGACCCUUUGAAUAAUAAAUCAGUGGGUGGGAUAAUUAAUACAUGCGAGGUUGGCCGCUCAAUAUACGAUGAAUGCAAAUUGGAACAGCUUGAUUCCCAGAAACUCCGCCUGGUGGCUAUUGAAGAGGCGGCACGAAAACUUCUUGGAAAUGAACAUGUAUAUGCAGAUCUGAUAACACCGAAACUGAUGUCGGCUCCCAAAUUAGUCCUCCUUGUUCUAUGUGAUAAUCAGGAUACAGAUAUCAGUGGUUAUUUUCUAACCGACGUUUAUUCGGUUUCGACAUCACCCAAGGACGACAUGAGGAAGAAGCUUCUACUUCUAAAACACCAACUCCAAACGGUCACCCCAUACAUUACAGCAUCUCCAAUGUGUAUUCCAGUACGUUGCCAAUCGGGUGCUAGAAUCCAAGAAAACGACCGCCAGCACUUACGAGAUGCCCUGAUGCAACUGACUUCCAGCAAACUUGAAGCUUGGAUGUAUCAGUCAGGCCGUCAAAGACCAAAAUCAGAAGCUGAAAAGAAACUUGUGUCUAUCAUUUCUCGUGUCUUACGUUUGAACCCGGAAGAGGUUGGUGUUGAUGAAGACUUCUUCACCCUUGGGGGUGAUUCCAUUGCAGCGAUGCAAGUUGUGUCACAAUGUCAACGUGAUAAAUUAUCAAUCACAGCCGUUGAUAUAUUUGAGGGAAGAACAGUGAGCCUCAUAACAGCCAGGUUAAAACGAUCAGCCAAUGAUUCAACAUCAGCUCCUCUAGUUAGAUACAGAAAGACAGAACGAUUUGAGCGGGAGGUGGAAAGGCAGUUGGGAUCUUCAAUCAUGGCAAGUACUGAGGAAGUGUAUCCAUGUACGUCCUAUCAUGAAGGGUUGGUCAUUCCCCAGCUGGGGAAUAAUGCCUAUAUUUCCCACACUAUAUGGAAAGUUGGACGGACGGGCUCAAUGAAAUCAAUUGACCCGGUCCAGCUUCAAAGGGCCUGGUAUCAACUCACACAUCGCCACCAGGUGUUGCGAACGAUAUUGGUAGAGGCUGCUCUUGAUGGCAUCAGUGGUGGCGUCAUGACACAUCUCGUACUCAAAACAUAUCCCCUCGAGGUGAAAAUUAUUUACUGCGCAGAUAGUGAGGCUAUACACCAACUCCGGCGUCCAACACUUAAUACCAUCCAGAAUGAUGGCCUCGCACUUCAGCAUAACUUUACUAUCUGCCAGACUACUACCGGUCAGGUCUUCUGCAAGAUGGAAGGGCCGCUAUAUAGCUCUUGGGUCUCCUAUGCCCGCUCUCUGCCCGACUGUAUGGAUUUCUGGCUUAAAUACCUUGCUGGUGCAAAGCCAUGCCACUUUCCGCGGAUACCCAGAGAGCUGCAGUCUGGCCCUAAUUGUCUUCAUUCCAUCGAGGUGAGCCUAGGGCAUCCUAACCCGCCGAGAAAGUUAUGUGCUGCAAACGGCCUAACAAUCACCAACCUGCUCCAAAUUGCCUGGGCAAUCGUACUUCGACAGCAUACGGGAUGCGAUGAUGUGUGCUUUGGGACACUUGUCGCGGGGAGAGAGGCGCCGCUACACCAAGUUCCUGAAAUCGUGGGCUCCAUAUUCAACGUGCUUGCAUGUCGGCUGACUCUGGACAAGAAAAUGUCCAUAAAGGAGCGCCUACGAGAAAAUCAAGCGGCGAUGGCAAAUCGCUUAUCAAACCAGUAUUGUUCGCUAGUCGAGGUGAUGCAGCAUGUAGGCAGCGGACCAUUAUUUAACACCUGUUUGUCAGUGGAGCAGCCCUUGUCGAAUGAUUGCCAGAGGACAUCCGGCAUCCGCUUUGAGGCACUCGAGACCCGUGAAGCUACCGAGUAUGAUAUUAUCACCGUCGUAACAGUUGGCGAAACAGAGAUGAUGGCAAACUUGACCUACUGGUCAUCCGUCCUGACCAAGGAAAAAGCCACUGCAGUUGGAAGGGAGUUCCGGCUUGCCAUCUCUGCAAUCACUGAGAGUAUUCGUCAGUAA